CGUACUACCUGCUGGACAAGCCAGCGCUGCGAGCUUCCCGCUGCAUGCAGACAUUUUUUACCGACUCCCAAAAUCCAUGGUGCAUCGCUGGCAAGGAAAUAACGCUGACCCGGAUGACCUUGCCCCCUGUCCACCAUGGAAUUCCCGACGCUCCUCUUCUGUGGGUAUGCCUCGUAGUGAAGGCACUCAUCUUCUGCAUCAUGGGUUCCCUCUUCGGAGUCACCAUUAUGAAAACUUUGCAGGGGUUGCGGAUGGCACAGCAUCCGAUGAAGAUCCUGGAUCUGAUCCUCAAGCGCUGGAUCCAUCAGCAGCGGCUUUCAAGUUGGCACUUGGAGGCUUGGAAGAUGGCCAGAGCUUCCCUCCUUCACAACGACGUCCGCUUCAUCCUGGACAGAUUUGAGCAAGUUGUCAUGUCAUUGUUGUUUGUCUGCGUGCUCCUCAUCUCCGAUGCUGUGGUCCAGUAUGUUGUCUUCAACAAGCCCCCCAACGCCGGGGGAGUUUACUUGACGCUCGUCUUUGCUAUCUCAACGUGGCCCUGCAUCAAUGCAGCGGUCGGAUGCCACUACCCGCAACAAAGCCAUCUGCAGUCCUUGCUGGAGAUGAAGGAGGCUUCUUUGCUGCGCACUGUUGGCCCGGAUGUCCAGUAUGUCCGGUCGUUCAUUGUUGUCAUGGUGAAGAGGCUCUCCUCUGGAGGUGAUUUCCAGACAACGAUGUUCUACAUGCCGCUGAACCCUGCGCUUCAGAAGUCUUUGCUGGCUUACUUUGUUGCUGCAGCCUUGACCGUCGUCGGCAAAGUCUUCUUCGGUGAAUGA